AUGUCCGCCAGCCUUGCGCUCCGCCUGUGCGUCCCCGUGGGUGCGGACACGGCUGUGGCGACACGCCGGGCAGCACCAGGCACGCUUCAGGAGGAAAGUCAGGCGUGUCCUGCUGUACCGCCACGUGUGGAAGCCAGCAGUUUGAAGAGAAGCAGUUGGGGCGUCCUGUUGACGGGGGUUGUCGGAGGGACGCUCGUGACUCUGUAUGCGGUAGUGACACCGUUUGUGACACCAGCCCUUCGGAAGAUCUGUUUGCCCUUUGUCCCUGCCACUCCAAAACAGGUUGAAAAUGUUUUGAAAAUGUUGCAGUGCCGAAGUGGAUCCGUGGUGGACAUUGGCAGUGGCGACGGGCGCAUUGUGGUAGCAGCUGCAAAGGCAGGGUUUAGGGCCUUCGGUUAUGAACUAAACCCGUGGCUUGUAUGGUAUGCCCGCUACCAGGCAUGGCGAGCCGGCGUGCAUGGCUCCACCAAGUUCUAUAUUUCGGAUUUGUGGAAGGUCACUUUCUCGCAGUACACCAAUGUCGUGGUCUUCGGCGUGCCUCAAAUGAUGCUGCAGUUGGAGAAGAAGCUUGAACUGGAACUUAAGGAUGAUGCAAGAGUCAUUGCGUGCAGGUUCCCUUUCCCACACUGGACCCCAGAGUGUGUCACUGGGGAGGGCAUAGACACUGUGUGGGCCUAUGACGCAAGAGAUUUCAGAGGAAGAGAGAGGCAGCCCUGAGCGCCAGUGCGCCUGUGUGGUCCUUGUGUGCACCUCCGUGACUUCCUGGAGAGGCGGCCCUGAGCGCCAGUGCACCUGUGUGUUCCUGCGUGUGCACCUCCGUGACUUCCUGGAGAGGCGGCCCUGAGCGCCAGUGCACCUGUGUGUUCCUGCGUGUGCACCUCCGUGACUUCCUGGAGAGGCGGCCCUGAGUGCCAGUGCACCUGUCCCUGUGUGUGCAGCUCCGUGACUUCCUGGAGAGGCGGCCCUGAGCGUCAGUGCACCUGUGUGGUCCUUGUGUGCACCUCCGUGACUUCCUGGAGAGGCGGCCCUGAGCGCCAGUGCGCCUGUGUGGUCCUUGUGUGCAGCUCCGUGACUUCCUGGAGAGGCGAC